GUAGUGCUGUUAACAUUACAAGCCAACUUCUUAGGCCAUACCAGAUGAUGUGACAGAACACCACAGAUUCCACUACUUUGAGCACAAACUUAACACAGUUAAGUUUUUGGUUUAAUUAUGGUUCUGGACCAAACUUAGGGAGUUUUUACUCCAGUGUUUCAAACAAAGUUGAAAUAGUUUUUCAGGAUAUCUUGCUUGCAUUCAGUGUACAACAGGCAGUAGGUUGUAUGCACGAAUAAGUGGAUAGAUUAGUUUCUUUAACCCAACUCCAUGCUGCUCAACUGCGCCCCGUUUCCAUGGGAACGCGACGCGAUGAGGUAAGGGGGUUGGGUAGCAUAAAGAAGAAAAUACGAGCACGGAAACGAGGGAAGUAGGUGGAGGACUACAAAGUUUUGUUCAAAAUUUGAUAAACGCGAUGGAGGUAAAGCAACAAGAAAGCAAUCCGCCAAAGACAUCGGAAUCCGCCUGAUCUAUAUGACAGCGACGCCAACUAGGAUAACCUGUUAAAUUGGAAGCAAGCUGCUUUCUUAAGCUAAUUAGCGAAAGAUAGAUAUAUUAGAUAGCGAUACAUUUCGAUACAAGAUGAAUUACAAAGGAUGUAUCAGUUAAAUAUGGGUUGAAACCCUUAAUUUACAUCAAGCUGUCUGGAUAAUAUUUAGCAAGAUUACAGACUGAGAGCGUUUGGAUAAAUUGCCAUGGCUAGCUAAUGAACACCUGCACAGCGGGGCGUUAACUAAAUAACUGGAGUUCACGCAAUCUAUUUAUCAUUAAGCUUACAGGAUACUGUCGCUUCACAUACUUUGUCAUUCCUCGUGUGUGCCAACUACUCCGCAACUGAUCUCUGUCCCGUUUUAGAGAGGAUUAUCCCCUGUUCAACCAAUGAGAACAGUCUAACAGUCUUCUGGACAGCUAACGUUAGAAACCUUUCGUAUUGGAAACAGCUACCCGGUUGGACGUGAGGAAUAUACUCACGGCAAUGCAUUUUGUAGUAGCCUGCGGGUGAAACAAGGUAGAGAUCGAACGAUGGAAAGUUUGUAACGGGUUAAAGAAGACAUGAAGGACCUACCUGAGGAAUCAAAAGACCACCAACUUACGGUGGCUCUACGCAUCCGUCCACUAAAUGAAGCCGAGAGCGAUGAAGGGGCGUCGGUGGUAGCUCAGCGGGUGGAUGACCAGAUGGUGGUGUUGAUGGACCCCUGUGAGGACACUGAGAACCACCUGCGGGCCAAUCGCUCCAGAGAGAAAACCUAUAUGUUCGACGUGGCCUUUGACCAGCAGGCGCAGCAGGAAGAGGUUUAUGUUGCCACCACUAAGAACCUGAUUGAAGGGGUGAUCGCUGGGUACAACGCCACUGUCUUUGCCUAUGGACCCACAGGCGCAGGGAAGACCUACACCAUGCUGGGAGUGGACUCAGAGCCGGGGAUCUAUGUGCGCACCCUCAACGACCUGUUCAAGGACAUCGAAGCCUGCAAGGAUGAAAUGGACUGCAGCGUCUACAUGUCCUACCUGGAGAUUUAUAACGAGAUGAUCCGGGACUUGCUGAACCCAUCGUCGGGGUAUCUGGACCUGCGAGAGGACGCCAAGGGCGAAAUCCGCAUCGCCGGCAUCACCGAGUUUUCCACCAGCUGCGCCAAAGAGAUUAUGGCCCUGCUGACCAAAGGCAACAAGCAACGAACACAAGAACCCACUGCAGCUAACAAGACCUCCUCCAGAUCCCACGCUAUACUGCAGGUGACGGUGAAACAGAGGAGUAGAGUGAAGAACAUCAAUGAGGAGGUCAGGAUGGGCAAACUCUUCAUGGUGGACCUGGCUGGGACUGAGAGAGCCUCACAGACCCAGAACAGGGGGAUGAGGAUGAAGGAGGGGGCUCACAUUAACCGUUCUCUGCUGGCGCUGGCCAACUGCAUCAACGCCCUGAGUGAGAGGGGGGGCCGGGGCGCCCAGUUCGUCAACUACAGAGACAGCAAGCUCACACGCCUGCUCAAGGAUGCUCUAGGUGGAAACAGUCGCACGGUGAUGAUUGCACACAUCAGUCCUGCCAGCACCAACUUUGAGGAGUCCAGAAACACACUCAUGUACGCAGACAAGGCCAAGAACAUCAAAACCAAGGUGAAGCGGAACCUGUUCAACGUGUCCUAUCACCUGGCCCAGUACACCAACAUCAUUGCCGAGCUGCGCAAGGAGAUCGAGCGGCUCCGCGCCAAGAUCGAUGAGCAGGGCCAGGAGCAGAAGAAGGGCGAGAAGGCCGACAUCCGCGACGUGCAGGCUGAAGUAAAGGAGUACAGUCGUAGAGAGAUGGCCCACCUGCGUGAGCAGCUCCUGUCGGCCUUCAGGGAGCAGAUGGAGAUCAGGCGCAGUCUCAUGGAGCUGGAGAACUGCAGCAUGGAGCUGCACAUAGACACCAGCAGACACCUGGCCACCAUCUCAGAUUGGGAGCGCGAGCGCACCCACUACAUGAGGAGACACCGGGACAACAGGCGCGGGGAGAAACGCGAUCGAGGGAAGGACGAGGAAGAGGAGGAGGAGGAGAACGAGGAAGUGGAGGAGGAGGAGAGCGGAGGAGAAGAGGUGGCGGUGGAGCAUCAGGACGUGACGGCUGCGCGUGAGGAGCUCGGGCCCCUGCUGGCCGAGCAGAGGAAGACCAUGGCCAUGAAGGUGGAGCUGGAGGAGAAGCUGGCCUCCAUGAAGCAGAAGUCCAGCCGCCUGGAGGAGCUGUUGCCACGGCGCGUUGCCAACGCCGACCAGCGGGAGCUGCUCUCUCUGCUGUGCCAGACGCACGAGCUGGAGCUGGAGAACACGGAGCUGCAGGCGGCCGGGCUGCGCCGCCAACACGCCCUGCGCCACCGCGACUUCCUGCUGCAGCGCCACGAGCAGAGGAGGCAUCUGGCGGAAGACAUCAUCCACCAGCAGCGUGCUGUUAUCCAAGGUCACGGGCUGGCGGUCCCUGAGGGGCUGCAGCAGCUGUACUCUCUCUACCUCAGUGAGCUCAGUGAGGGGGGAAUGGACCAGCUCCUCAACCUGCUCACCGUUACUUCUACUAGCAUCACGGAUGACUCCAUCCUGACCGUUGCUAAGCAGCUGAAGCUGGACGAGCUAGUCUCUGAGAUCCUCCACGGAAACCAGUCUGACCUUUCACCCCGUGCUGGCAACGGGAAGGGCAGUGUGGCCGGGGCCAGCCAGCAGGCCGCCGCAUCCUCCUCAUCAGGACCCGACAAUGACAGUGACAGCAACAAGGUGUUCAAAUCUCCCGGCAAACCACGUGCUCCGCGACGGCGCCCGGUGUCAUCCAGCCCUCCUCCCGUGACACAGCCCACAGAAGGUAAGGUGGUGAGUGCAGUGAGUGCUGAUACUCUGCGGGAGAUGGCCAGCGACACCAAGAGCAUCUCAGUCAUCGCUGCCAAAAGGAAGUCACGCAUCAAGGCCAGCAGCAAUCAGAGGGAGAGGAGCCAGUCCCUGGAGCGUGGCCUGGGCCCCGUCACCAGUGCAGCUCUCAUCCCCACGGCCUCGCCAGACACCCAGCCCCCUUCGGCCGACCCGCACGGUGCCUCCGCCACAGAAUCAGCGACCGUCCCCAAGACACCCGCCUUCUCCACGGCGACCAUCACCAAGGCCACUGGCUCGGCCAUCGCCGUGGCAGCCAGGCGGGGCCUUCGGGCGGCGGGGAGCGUGGACAGCCUGUCAGUGAGCACGCCGGAGGAGGAGAAGCCUGGGGAAGCGAAGAGGAAGCCGGCCGGCACAGGCCAGACCGUAUCAAAGAGGGACCCUCCAAGACCAGAGCGCCGGAACGAGUCUCCAGAGAGACAGCAGACCCGACGCCGCCGCUCCAAGUCCUUCGACGUAAACGGCAAAUGGAAACCUAAGGUCGGCCCAUACAAGAACCCCCUGCUUGAGAGCGUCUCUGACAACCGUCUGGUGCGCCCCUCGCCGGCCUCCGUCCAGCCCCUGCUGAGCAGUGCGGGGAACCCCACCACACCUCCUACAGCCAAGGUCAAAUACCCAGUCUCCCAUCACACAGAGAGUCAGCUCCAGAAGCUAGAGAUCAGAGGCACUCCCCCUAUCACCAUCCACCAGAGAAACCAGGAUGGAAGGAUCGGACACACACUGCACAGAAGAGUGCGGGGUCCCACUGAGCCCUCUGGCUCCUCCCACCUUCUCCUGCAGCCCGGGAACUACAAGAAGAAAGGGAACAACAACGCUCGGCUCAAAGCCAGCCAUGAUGUCAACAGCAAGCGCACAGACAACCGCCUAAAGAAAACAGCUCCAUGACAACCAUAGAAAACCUUAAACAUUAGCCACUAUGGUCACUACCAUCCUGUGGUUUUAAAGGGGCCAGUUAGAGAUGUAAGACACACAAAGAUAAUAUUAUUGUUAUUUUUAGAGGAACCUAUAUUAAGUGAUAUCUGAUAUUUCAAUUAAAUUAAUGUUGUAUGAAGAAGGCUUUCUUUUUCAUUUAUUUCACUAUACAUCAAUGUCUGGGAUUGUUUCAUCUAUUUAUGUUGAUGAAUCUGUAUUAGCUUUCUUAUGACCUUCAAAUCCUAAUCCUAUAUAUGAUAGUUACGUAAAUAGUUUAUUUACUGUAGCCUUACUGUGUUUGUCAUCAUUAGUGGCAUAUCAAGACGGUGAUGAUAUUUAGUUUAAGCUGUUGUAUAGCUACUGUUUUACAAAACUGAAGUAUUUUUUAUUUCUGUGCUCUAAAUUUUUUUCUACGUUUGUAAAUAAUAAAUAUCAGUUUGUAAAAUAAUCGGGCUGUCUUCCUGUCUGUGCGCCUAUGUGUGUUUUGUAUGAUUUGAGAUUAACUUUUCAACGUGAGAAGAAGUUCUAGAUCUCGCGAUUCUUGCCGUCCUCUCAUCGUUCCCAUGGUUUUGUGCAGCUGUUCACACGCGCACGCCUCUCCCAACCACUACACUGCUGUUGCUUCCGAGCGAGAGGAGAAAGCACGGGAACCGUGAUCAUGGGACCGUCCACAAUAGUGAGUUGAUCUGUGAAGCAGCUGGUUGACCAUACCGGCAGAUAACACUCAAGCUAACAGCAAGGAAGGUCUUUUGUCUUUUGCAAAGAAAUGUAUUUUGAUAUUAAAUCGUUGAUUUAUAUAAGGAGCUAACGCCAGGUGUCUGCAUGGUUAACGGUUUCACACAGCAUACAGUCUUUGUAGAAUUAAUUGCUAACAUGCUGUUGGUCAUUUUAAACAGCAUCUCGUCUUGUGGGCUGGCUGUCCAGGUCAUGUUACGAAGACAUGUAGGGCAACGUUGUAGCUUGUCGGCUUAGUACAACAUAAAACGUUAAGUGAAGGUGUAAAAUAAACAGCUUCUGUAAUGAAUUUGUUUCCGUGGGAGCACAUUAACUCUUCUAUAGCCAAAAUGAAACCUACGUCAUCACUAGCUAAAACAUUUGUAUAAACUGAGCUGUUCUUUAAACGACUAUGAAAUCAGAAGACAGCUUCUGGAGCAGCAAACACAUCAUUGCUCCAAACGAGACACAACGUUAUUUGGAACUAACCCCAGCAAGCCUCUCCACCCAGAGAAAAUAAACACAUUCCAUGGUCAGAUGGGUGCUUGGUUGUUAAAACGUUUUGUGAGUGCACGUCAGACAAACUCUGUCUGGCCACUAGCCUCUUGUAGUAUUGUAAUUACAGUGGUCCGUUUGGGAAUGUCUCAUUCGGAGAUAGACCUCACGGUAUUUCAGUUUUUUUAAAGGACCAGUUCAGCAGUCUUUGGCGAUAACCAUCCUCUUUCAUAAGAUGUAGGAACGUAGCUGGACGUUUGCUCACAGCUCCAUGCGAGUUUGGAUGUUUAACUUGAUUUUUGACCCUGAUGCUUUAACGACACAUAUAAAUCAUAGAUCUCGGUUACAUGGGCAGUGCUUCUGCAUCUCAGAAGCCAGUGGAGCAAACUCUGGGUUGUACUUUUCCUCUCUAAGUAUUGAGACUUUCUCACUGAAUAGGCUACUACUGGAAGCCUUCCGGCUCGUUCUUGGUUUUGUUUCAAUUUCAACAGCGUAAGUGUCCAAAACCUCGCCCUAGGAGCCAAUUCAACACCCAGUUUAUCAGCCUGGUUUGUCGAAAUGGAAAUGUUUUAAUAUUAUGACUAGCACCUCAAUAUUACAGUUAUGUUUGUGAUAGUUACUACUCUAUUAUAAACUCACUGUGAAGAUCAUGGUAUAGUAUUUAUCUACUUUAACAUUAUUACUAUCUCUACAAUAACAUUACAAGUCUAGGAUAACUAGGGCUCAUGCAGCAAUACUGAAAUCAUUUUAUCUGUGGAAUUU